AUGUCUCACCUUCAGGUCGAACUGAUCCAAAAGUAUGGAUACCGAGGCCGAGCAUACACAGUGACCACCGCCGACGGUUAUGAGUUGGGAGUGCAUCGGUUGCAGCGUAAAGGUGGUCGAGAUCCAAAUCUACUGCCUGUGUUGAUCGUCCACGGUUUGCUCGGUAGCUCUGCUGAUUGGGUAUUAAUCGGUCCUGAUGCUGCCAUCGGCUAUCUGCUAGCUGAUGCAGGCCAUGACGUGUGGCUUGGGAAUACCCGCGGUAAUCGGUACUCGCGCAGACAUUUCCAGAUGUCACCGGAUGAUGUCGCAUUCUGGAACUUCUCUUGGCACGAAAAGGGCAUGUAUGAUGUUCCGGCUAUGAUCGAUUUUAUUCUGAACGAGAGUAAACCCAGAUAUAGUCAGCUUUAUUACAUUGGCUACUCCGAAGGCACCACGGCAUACUUUGUGAUGACGAGCAGUCUGCCUGAGUACAGAGCCAAAAUCCGUCUGGCCCAUGCAUUGGCACCAGCCGUCUUGUUAGAUGAAAUGCGCAGCCCAAUUCUAACAACGUUGGCUAAUGCGUCACCGUCUCUCAUUCUUGUGGGGGAACGUUCGAAUUUUGUUGAGCUUUUCCCGUGGUCCGAGAUGCAAAACGGCUUCCUUCGGUCGGUGUGUCAACCAUUCGUUGAACGGAAUCCGUGCGCUCUGGUGUUUGAAAAUGCGUUUGGUCCCAAUCAGGACUCAUUGGACAUGAAAGUCGUUCAAGCGAUGAUGGGCCACUGUCCAUCUGGAGCAGCGUUGAAAGAACCGAAACAUUACAAUCAGGUCAUCCACACAGGGAUAUUUCAACCGUACCAGGAGGAAGGAAUGGAGAACACUGUAACGGCGUAUAAUAUCAGUGCGUCCGACGUGCCGAUUUAUAUCUACUACGGCGUGAACGACUGGAUAGUUCAUCCGAAAAAUGUUCGUCGAUUCGCUAACGAGCUUCCUAAUGUACGUGAAAUUCGCCCGGUCGGUGGCAAAAAAUUUACACACAUUGAUUUUUUCAUUGGUAAACACGUAAAGCCCGCAGUAUAUAAUAGAAUACUACGCAAUCUUCGAAAUGAUGCCCGUGCUCAACAGGCGAAAUGA